AUGAGUCUUGCCUGUUGGAAGAGGCAGCAGUCAAACUCUUGACGCCAGCAAAGAGCGAGGCCAGGAAGCUGGAAAAGUGGGACAAAGUGGAACAGCUGGAAGAGGAUCGGAAGGAGCCAUGAGCGGUGCAAGUUGGCUGUGCAGCUCUCAGGGAAACCGCUCUGCCAAGUUGUGGGACUGGAACCAGACAUGGUACACAGAUGCCCCGCGCCUGACGACCUGCUUUCAGUCGACUGUACUGAUUUGGAUUCCUUGCCUCUGCCUCUGGGUCUCUUUUCCUUUCUAUUACCUUUAUCUCCAGAAGAAUGCUAGAGGCUAUAUCAGGAUGUCUGCAGCCUUUAAAGCGAAAAUGGUUCUUGGCUUUGUUUUUUUAGCCAUGUAUUUUGCAAGUGCAUUCUACAUUCUUUGGGAAGCAAACCAAGGGAUUCAACAAGAUCCAGGACUCAUCAUCAGCUGUGCGUUACAGCUGGUUACUAUGAUCCUGGUUUUAUUUCUAACUCAGACAGAACGACAGAAAGGCGUCCAGUCUUCCAGUGUCCUGUUGCUGUAUUGGUUCCUAUCUUUUCUCUCUGCUAUGGGUUCCCUUAUCUCCAAAAUACAAGAUGCUCAGGAAGGUGGUUUCAGAAGCGCUCCCUUCCAUCAUGUUACUUCAUAUAUUUAUUUCACCUUGGUCUCUUUGGAACUUGGGCUCUGCUGCAUCGUAGAUCAGCCUCCCUUCUUCUCUAAAGUUGACACUGACACUAACCCGUGCCCUGAAUCCAGAGCGUCUUUUCUUUCCAAAAUCACAUUUUGGUGGUUUGCAGGGAUGAUCUGGAAAGGAUAUUGGAAACCACUACGAACAGAAGACCUGUGGUCACUAGUGAAAGAGAACUCUUCUGAGGAGAUAGUUACCAAGUUUAAGGAUGCCUGGGAAAAGCAUUGUGCAAGUGCUGGACAAAUUUUAGAAUCUAUGACAUGUAAAAGAGAGCAAAGGAAGAGUCAAACGGCUCGUGAAACGGCUCCCCUGCUUCAGCCAGAAAAUAGCAAAAGCAAACUGCUGUUGAAAUCUUUCUGGAGUGUAUUUGGGACCUAUUUUCUCCUUGGAACUCUCUGCUUAGUCGCUGGUGAUGUCUUCUUGUUUUUGAUUCCAAAGACAUUAAGUGUUUUCCUAGAUUUCAUCACUGCUCCAGAAGCUCCUUCCUGGAAAGGCUAUUUCUAUGCUGCUGUGAUGUUCCUCUUGGCUUGUCUCCAGACGUUGUUUGAGCAGCACUACAUGUACAUGUGCCUUGUUUUGGGAGUGAGGUUAAAAACAGCAAUUACGGGCCUUGUUUAUCGAAAGCUCUUAGUUAUGUCGAACGCAGCCAAGAAAGAAGCAAUGGUGGGAGAAAUUGUGAACUUGGUGUCUGUUGAUGUACAAAAACUAAUGGACCUCAUUAUCUAUUUUAAUGGGACUUGGCUUGCUCCCAUUCGAAUUGUCAUCUGCUUUGUCUUUCUUUGGCAGCUCCUGGGACCAUCUGCUUUGACGGCAGUUGUUGUUUUUUCAUUCCUCUUGCCACUUAAUUUUUUUAUUGCAAAGAAGAGGACUCAGUUCCAGGAAGUUCAGAUGACAUAUAAGGACAGCCGUGCCAAACUUACCAGCGCCAUUCUCAGCAAUAUCAAAACCCUGAAGUUCCAUGGCUGGGAAGACACGUUUGUGGGCAGAGUGAUGAGUGUCCGAACUCAAGAGCUGCAAGCACUCCGGAAGUCCCAGUUCCUCUUCUCAGCAUCUCUCAUUUCUUUCCAGUCAUCAACAUUUCUGAUUUCAUUCAUCAUGUUUGCAGUCUACACGCUAGCAAAUGAGAGAAACAUUUUCAGUGCCCAGAAAGCCUUUGUCUCUCUGGCUUUGGUUAACAUACUCAACACAGCUCAUUCUUUUCUUCCAUUUUCCAUUAACUCGGUGGUGCAGGCCAAAGUUUCCUUAAACCGUUUAGCUGCUUUUCUUUCUCUUGAAGAUCUGGAUCAAACUAAUGCAGAAUCCGAUUCUUUAGAUGGCACCCAAGACUGUAUCACUAUAAGGAAUGGAACUUUCACAUGGAGCAGAGAAAGCCCUCCAUGCCUUAAAAGGAUCAAUCUAAGCAUUGCCCAAGGCAGCCUGUGUGCUGUGAUUGGCCAGGUUGGAGCUGGGAAAUCGUCACUACUCUCAGCAUUACUUGGUGAACUACAGAAAACGGAAGGGUUUCUAGCAUUGAAGGGCACAGUAGCAUUUGUUCCCCAGGAAUCUUGGAUCCAAAAUGCUUCGAUCGAAGACAACAUCACGUUUGGACAAAAAGUGGACAGGAACUGGUUCAACCGGGUGGUAGACGCUUGUGCACUGCAGCCGGACCUGGACAGCUUCCCUAAUGGAAGUCAGGCGGAAAUAGGAGAGAAGGGCAUAAAUCUUUCCGGGGGACAGAAACAGAGGGUGAGUUUGGCCCGUGCUGUUUACAAGAAGUCGGAGGUUUACCUUCUGGAUGACCCCCUUUCUGCUGUGGAUGCUCAGGUUGGCCAGCACAUCUUUCAGGAAGUCAUUGGACCAACUGGUUUAUUGAAAAACAAGACCCGUCUUCUGGUGACAAAUGCAGUCCAUCUUUUGCCCAGAAUGGAUCAUAUCAUCGUGGUAAUGGAUGGCGAGAUCUCUGAAACAGGUUCUUGGCAGGAACUUGUGGCAAGACAGGGAGCUUUUGCAGACUUCUUGAGAUUGCACGGCGCAGAAGGAGAAAAGGACCAGGAUUUGCAAGAGAUGUCAACACUAACUGAUUCCACAGCUUCAGGAAGUGCUGAGAGGUUCCCCAAAAGAGAUAUAACUUUCCCAGGAAAAGAUGACAGGUCAGUGAAGAGAAGUGUUUACAAAGCCUCAGAUUUGGAAACAGAAGAAUUGGUGGAAGAAGACAAAGGACAGAUAACUGGAAGGGCUAAGACUUCCAUAUACCUGAGCUACUUGAGAGUGGCUGGGUCUCUCACCUGGGCCUACAUCGUCCUUUUGUUCACUUGCCAACAAGUUGCCUCGUUUUGCCGUGGCUACUGGCUCAGCUUGUGGGCUAAUGACCCUGUUUUCAAUGGAACCCAGCCACACACUGAACUCCGUGUCGGCGUCUUCUUUUUCUUAGGAUUUGCUCAAGCCCUGGGGAAGUUUGCUUCGAUGGCCACCGUGUUCUUGGCUGGGACAGUGGCAUCCCACAGGCUUUUCCGACAGCUGAUUUGGGAUGUUGUCCAGUCACCAAUGGGGUUCUUUGAACAGACACCCAGCGGUCACUUGCUCAACCGCUUCUCCAAAGACAUGGAUGCCGUUGACUCCAUCAUCCCAGACAAACUGAAGUCCCUGCUUGGUUUCCUCUUUAUACUGCUGGAAAUAUACAUUGUGAUAAUUGUGGCCACACCAAUAGCUGUGGUGGCUAUAGUUCCUCUGACAGUCCUAUACGUGGUGUCCCAGAAUUUCUUUAUUACCACUUCCUGCCAGUUGAAACGUCUGGAAGCCACGAGCCGUUCACCCAUUUAUUCCAACAUUUCUGAGACCUUUGAAGGGAGCAGCAGUAUCCGUGCCUACAAAGCCCAGCAGCGUUUUGUCUUGCAGAAUGAUUUCAAUGUGGAUGAAAACCAGCGGGCCUCUUACCCUGCAGUGGUGGCUGACAGAUGGCUUGCCACAAACAUAGAGUUCUUAGGGAAUGGCAUUGUCCUGUUUGCAGCUUUGCUUGCUGUGAAAAGCAAACCAUACCUCAGUCCUGGACUUGUGGGGUUUUCCAUUUCCUAUGCUCUGCAGAUAACCGGCAUUUUGAACUGGAUGGUGCGCGCUUUGACAGAGAUCGACAACAACGUUGUCUCUGUAGAGAGAGUCAGGGAUUACGCAGGGACGCCCAAAGAGGCUCCCUGGACUUCGGACAAUAAGCUUUUCCAUGAGAACUGGCCUACAGCAGGACAUAUUGCAUUUCACAGAUACAGCUUACGCUAUAGGCCAGGGUUAGAAUUAGCUCUGAAAAAUGUCAACAUAGAGAUCAAUGGAAAAGAAAAGGUUGGCGUUGCUGGGAGGACAGGUGCUGGGAAAUCUUCUCUUGCGAUGGGCCUUCUAAGACUAGUGGAAGCUGCUGGGGGAGAGAUCAUAAUUGAUGGGAUCAAUAUCACCCAAAUAGGCCUGCAUGAUCUGAGAAGCAAAAUCACAAUUAUUCCUCAGGAUCCUGUCUUGUUUUCUGGAUCCCUGAGAAUGAAUUUGGAUCCCCUGAAUGAACACUCUGAUGAGGACAUCUGGGCGGCUUUGGAGCUGAUGCUCCUGAAGAACUUUGUUUUGGAUCUCCCUGGUCAGUUGGCCCAUGAGUGCUCAGAAAGAGGUGGAAAUCUCAGUGUUGGCCAGCGGCAGCUCAUCUGCCUGACACGGGCUCUGCUUCGGAGGGGAAACAUUAUCUUUCUGGAUGAAGCCACAGCAGCUGUGGAUAUUGAAACCGAUCUCCAAAUUCAGUCUGCCAUAAGGAGUCAGUUUAGAGAUUGCACCGUUCUUACAAUAGCCCACCGGGUCAGCACUCUUAUGGAUUGUGACAGGAUUAUCGUUAUGGAAAGUGGUCAAGUGGCCGAAUUUGACACUCCGCAGAACUUAAUAGCCCAGAAGGGACUAUUCUACAGAAUGGCGAAGGAUUCGGGGCUGGCGUGAGGACUGCAUGCAAGGGAUAGGUGGUUGAUCAAGAAGAUCAAUGGAAGAAACAAACCAGAAUUCACUCUUUGCUAAGCUUGGACAAAGUCAAUAUGAUGGCAACAUUGCUCUUCCCCAUAUAGCCUUGCUACUCAAAGUGUUGGUCCCUGGAUUAGCGUCAGUCUCUCAGCUAGUUUCCAGGAAAGAAUAAAUGAACUAUAGCCAAUAGACAUAACUAAAUAUAGUGCCGGUCUAUGGAGUACUGGGAAAAAAUAAUUGCUGCAUGAGAUAAGGCUGAGAGCUACUGAUUUAUAGGACAUAGGAGAUAUUAUGAGGACAAGAGAUUAAAAGAUUGGGGGGCAGACAAAUGCCCAUUGUCCCCUAUAAAGUUCACUUGGGAGCUUAUCAAAUUGGGAUAUAAUCCGUUUAUAUCAGUUUGCAUCCUGUAUUUUUUAGGACUGGAUGCAUACUGUAUUGAGAUGGGAGGCAUACUCUCCUCAUUACAUCUGAUUAUUAUUACAAUUCUUAUGAUUUCAAAAUACUGAGCGUUGACUCAUCGUACUACAAAAGGCUGGCUCCUCCAAAUCCAUUCAAAACAACCCCUGCGUCACUCUAUGACCUUUUAAAAAGUAUGGGAUGCAUACAGAUUUUCCUAUUACACACAAACACGGUGCUUCAGUAAUGAAAUAAUCUGUAGUAUUUCAAAAAACAUUAUUAGAAUGGAUUCGAAUUAUCAACAUACACACAGUGUCGAUUGCAAAUCAAAGCAAAGUGGUCGAUACACAUUUGCAAUUAUUGUUGAGUACACGUGUUAAGCAGUUAUCAUUAGCAAAUAUCAUAGAAGUUAUUAUUAGCAAAUAUUGUUAAAUAAAUAUUACAGAUGUCAAUUAUUCCAACCUAUGUGUCUUCAAUAUGAUUGAACUGGAAUAUAUGCGUCUCCACAGCCAUAUAAUCCUGUUCAAUGCAGUUAUGGAUAUCUACAUUCUGAAACUGCAUUAUAUGGCAGUGUAGAUGGGACCUCCAUCUCUUAGCAAUAUUGUUACAUCUUGAUGGCCUCCUUGGUUUGUGUUUCUAGCAUUUUCCUGUAAUUUAUUUCAAAACAAUAAAGCUAAAUUGUUUCUUUCCCA